UUUUUAUAUUUGCUUACCGUACCGCAAUAGUCCAAUCGCCCACAAUCCCCCUGGUUUUUGGUUUGGGACCCAAAAUUCCAAUCUUUAUCUAACUUAGAAUCCUGGAUGAUGGUACUUUUAACUAAUUUUACAUCAUAUGUAUCCUGUAGAGGCCAACUUUAUAUCACAUUGAUUAGGUGGAUAACACACCCGGGCCCCUGUCUGGCGACUUUCGGUGACCACCAUGGAUCGGAGCUAUGUGGUCUAGCUCCUUAGUGGGGUUCCGCAUCUUGCCUGACAACUAGCCUCUCAUUUGUAAAUUUGUUAUUUUUACUUUUAUUUUUUCUACUUGUGCGAUUCACUAGCAAUUUAUAUUGGUGGUCCUUGCCUACAGCCUAUAGAGGCCGUAUAAUUACAUACUAUCUACCCUAUUUACCUCAUUGGGGUUUAGAUUGUCGGCAAUUCCUUCUUCUUUUCCCUUUUAUCGUUUUUUGUUUUCCUAUUUCCUGUUAUGCUAACCCCUAAAUAUCUUGCUUGUGAUCCCAGUGGCAUUUAUUAUCAAUUAAUGCCCAUAUCUUUAUUACAUAUCAUUGUACUGUUACGGUAUCUGUUUGUACCUUAUUUUUACAAAAUAUGUAUCCAUAUUGUAUUUCCUGCUUUACCAAUUGCUCUUCCAAGGACUGAGCUGCUUUGCCACACUCCCCCCCAUUCCUCCGCGGCUGGGCUGUCCCAGUGUGUUCUCUCUUGCGACGAUCCAAUGCCCGCCCGAUUGGGGUUAACAACCCCCGCCCUGGGGCUCCGCCCCACCUACUCUGGACUGACAAGGCUAUGCCUUGCUUGCAGUACACGGGCGCAUGCGUGGUCGCGAUCAUCUUCCGACAGCAUGUGGGCGGUCAGUCCAAGUGACGCUGUGCGCCGGUGAAUGCUGCCGUGCACUGUCGUCACUCAAGCGGGGGAUAUUUAAGCAGACACAGUCUGCUCUGUGUGUGACGGACGCCGGGUCCCGGAUUGCUGCCACUUUAACGAGUGCCCAGUUACCAUGGCUAUAAUCUCCAGUCCCAGGUACAAUUGUUUGUGCUAUGUAUGCACCAAGCAGUGCUUUUUGCUGCCUUCAACCACCAUGUUGUCCCAGCACUAGUUCCGGCUGGGUCCCCUUUCCUGGGGACCCCCUAUUUCUGCUACUUACCAGUACAGAUUUUAAGUCCAUCCACACAUAUGUCCCCCGUCGGUCGCCGCAGGAGACCUUACCUGGUCACUCCUGCCCCCGCGUAUGAUGGGGGUCGUAGACUGUUCUCCUGAAGAAGCGGCAAUGGCCGCGAAACUAGUAGAGAAACUCCUAGUGACCUCUACUCCCACUAUGACCUUCCCUCCUCUUGGGGUCGUUUAUUGUGGUGAUACACAUAGAGUGUCACUUUUUUAAUCGCAUGCUUGUUUGUAUUUGAUUGUUUCACAUCAAUAUUAAUAAAAAUUGUAUUUUUCUUUUCAUGUGCAUUUUUUAUAUUUGCUUACCGUACCGCAAUAGUCCAAUCGCCCACAAUCCCCCUGGUUUUUGGUUUGGGACCCAAAAUUCCAAUCUUUAUCUAACUUAGAAUCCUGGAUGAUGGUACUUUUAACUAAUUUUAUAUCAUAUGUAUCCUGUAGAGGCCAACUUUAUAUCACACGUGGUAUAGGUCAUAAUAUUCUGUAGAUUGUAUUUAUGCUCCCGUUUUUUGAAUAUUCCAGAUCUGGAAAAAUGAACGGGCAAAUAAGGAGCUUGUGGUUGGUAUAAGAAGCAGUCCAUUCAUUGUUUUGUUACCGUGACCACACACUGAGCUCAGAUUUGUGAGCACACAUACACCUCACCUCCCUUCCCCGGGCUGUCGCCAUGGAUAGCAAACACACACAUACACAUGCCUGCAAACAAUGUGGAGUCACCUCUACUAGACUGGUCUUUCGAGGUUUACAGACAUGUCAACGGCAGUAAUUCCCUCCCCCCACCCUGUGCCCUUGCUACCCGAUCCCCCAGUUCACUCCCCUGGCUUUGCACCCCGUGGAAACCAUCGGAUAUUACUCCAGAGCCCUCCUUACAGUGAUGCAAAAUUGGAGCUGCUGAGAAGACUGAGGAGCCCUCUAAAGAUGGAGCAGUCCACUUCUCACACCCUGGGCUAUCUGACUUGGCUAGAGGUCAGCCGGCUGCCCCCUCUCCUUCCGCUGCGGCCGGACCGACCAUAUAAUAGUGCUGUGUGGAGACAGGUAACCGCGGCCCCAGCCAGCCCCAGACCCCAGGACUCCAUCCCUGCACCCUCCCGAAUGGAGGAGAACACAUGGAGUAAGUUUGCUCGUUGCAGCGGGGUUCGGAGGGAUGAGAGUGAAGCAUGUGCUUUACAUAUACGGAGCCAAGGAAGAUCGCCUCCUAUAGACUCACAAGGGAACAUACUUCCACCUCCUGGGUACAAACGCAGGUACUCGUCGCUUGACAGAGGUGCUGCUAGCGAUUUGGAACAUGCAGUCCCCGCCCCAGAGGAGUCUGGCUUCUUCUCUGCCCCCGAAUACCAGCGCAAACCACGCAAAUUGACCCUGAAGAGUAACUCCCCAAAUUACAGCGAGAUCCUGCAGAGGUAUCGGGAACUUCAGAGAGGUGCACGGACUGUGGUGCCACAUAACAGCAGAAUAAGCACACCAAAGACUGUAAUGCAAGUAACCUGAAGAAUGCACAUAAAGCCAUCAGAGUACUGGUCAGCGUUGCAACAUACACUUUGGAGUGCAGAGCCCGGCAAACUAUGAAUAUUUUUAUUGUUAUCUAAGGAUGUACACUCAUCCCCUGACUGUUGAGGAUAAAACUAUGAUGGAUCUGUAUGGUACAGCAAUAACAAAUAUGAGUUAAGGCAUUGCAGCACGGUAAGACAUGCAGAUGGUACAGCAUACAAGCCCAGAUGUUUUUUCAUUCUGGUGUCGCUUCAAUAUUCUAUGCCACACAGCUGUGCAAAAUCCCUUGGCCUGUAGGCAACAUGGUGUUCUGGGAAUACUUAGGCCCCUCCUCCGUGUGUCCGUAAGCUCAGCGGGGAUCGCUCCGUUGAUCCCCGCUGAGCGGGCGGA